GUCAACGUUCACAAUCACAAACAAACUGUACAUUAUGCUUCUGCCACUUGUACCUUCCUCUCUAUCCAUUUCUUCUUCAGUUCUUUUUCCACUAGUCUAUCUAGAAACCAGACAAGACAAACCGUAGACUUCAUUUGUACUCUCUCUCUCUCUCUCAACUGACAAACCCCACGACCCGCCACCAACCUCCCACCGCCGCCGCAUCUCGGCCACAAUGUUCAGGGACGUCUCGGCGUGCAGCACCUACAACUACGGCGACGCCCUCUACUGGGACGCCCGUUACAUUCAAGAAGUCGAAUGCGGCUCCUUCGAUUGGUACCAGCGCUAUUCAGCUCUGCGUCCCUUUAUACGCAAAUAUAUCCACCCUAAUUCGCGCGUGCUCAUGGUUGGUUGUGGAAAUGCUGUUAUCUCGGAGGACAUGGUUAAAGAUGGGUUCGAGGAUAUAAUGAACAUCGACAUAUCUUCUGUGGCUAUCGAGAUGAUGAGAAAGAAGUAUGAGAGUGUACCUCAACUUAAGUACAUACAAAUGGAUGUUAGGGACAUGAGUUUAUUUCCUGAUGAUUCGUAUGAGAGUGUCAUUGAUAAAGGGACUCUUGAUUCAUUGAUGUGUGGUACUGAUGCUCCAUUAAGUGCUUCUCAAAUGUUGGGUGAAGUUAGCAGGCUUCUUAAACCUGGAGGAGUUUAUAUGUUGAUAACGUAUGGCGAUCCUAAUGUGCGGAUGCCCCAUAUAAACCGGUCAGUUUACAAUUGGAAAAUCGAAUUGUAUAUCAUACCAGCUAGACCUGGAUUUCAGAAGCCCGGUGGAGCCACUGCUUUGAGGUCACACCUCGACCCCAUUCCUCUCACGGAGAAAGGCCUACUUCCUGCAGAUUAUGUGAUGGAAGAUCCAGAUUCGCAUUUCAUUUAUGUGUGUAAAAAGGUAGAUGUACCAACUGAUCUCUCCAACAAAUCUGCUGAUGAUACAAUGAAGAGAUAAUACAUAGAACAUGGUGUGAAGUUAGCUCCUGAUAACCGAGAUAGGCGUUAGUACUUCACCGGAGCGGUAAAAAGAGGAAGAGGCUCGUCUGGACAACGGAGAAAUGGUUGCUGGAUGGAAAAUAUGAGAUUACACUACCAAGUUUGUGUUUGAUUCCCAACUAACUGGUAGUGAAUAGGGGACAUAGAUUACACUCUCCAUAUUGCUGAAUUAUAUAUCAUUGAUACAUGCCAAUAUGCCAUGCCUCUCGGAAAAUAAUUCUGGUAAGUUCUGUUUAUGUUUUAACAGAUAAAGUAAGCUUGAUUGAUCCAA